GCAGUGGACACUUACAGACAUGGAAGAUAAUGAGGAGCCGCUCCACAGCAACACUAGCUCCUCUAGCCCUAUACGGGGCUCCAGGCCUACCCGGCCAAUCGUUACACCUCUGCCCGAAACGCCUGUAGGGCAAACCUGGUCCCGAAGCCCGCCCUCUUUACUCCAGCUUCCCCCCGGGUUCCAGCUCCGUUUUGAUCGGAACAUCAAGCAGGCUUUCUACAACACCGGAGCUCUGUUGUUUGCGGCCGGAUGUUGUGGGGCGGCUGUGCUCGUCUACUUUAUCCUGGAGGCCUUCCUGCGGCCGCUGCUGUGGGCCGCUCUAUGCGGCACCUUCCUUCACCCGUUUAAGCACUCCUUGACUGGAGUAUGCCGCCGCUGGCUAUGCCGGCUCCAGCGUCAGGGCUCAUCCAUUGUACUCGCAACUCUGUUGCUGCCCGUCAGCUUUGUCAAUCACAGCCUGGAGGCUCUGGGUGAGUUUAUUGCCCGCAGGCUGCGGGUAAUGGUGCCAGUCCUGGCUGGGGCACCCCUCUUGUACCUGCUAUACUUGGCCGGAAGCUACCUCGGAGUGCGUGAGCUGGUGUCUCAUGUGUGUGGACUGAUCUGCGGGGCUCUGGAUUACUUCAGCACACUGUGGAUUUGGACACUCAUCAUUGGGUAUGCUCUAGCAGUCUCGUUCAAGUGGAACCCAGAUACUCAGCGCUGUCUCACUGCCUGUUCCGUUCCUGUGUGGCUCAUACUUCUCUUCCAUUUGGCAUCUGUUGCUGGGUCUUGGAAAAUUCCAGUUUUUCUUUUGGUAGUGUUCCUGAUGACAGUGGGUACGCUACAUGAGAAACAGUCUGUGCAGGGGUCAUCAGCCACUGUACUUCCUGGCCAAGUGAUAACCAUUGCAGCUUCAACUAUUGCCAUGGCAAUAUCCAUCACGGGUUUUGAGGAACACAAGGAAGAGCUGACCACAACACAACUUCCAGCAGAGCCUGUUACAAAUGAGACACCGUCCACACCAGUUGGAAGACGAAGAAGUGACAUUGGAUCAUUUCUUAAGAGAAAGAAAACCAGCGACAUAUAUUUUGUAUUACUCGUGUGGGCCAUUAUCAUUGUCCAACUAUGGCUUCAUCUGUGGAUCAUACAGCUCCUUCCAGUACCUAUUGCAGUUUUUGCAGUUAAAAAGCUGGUGAUGCACUUUGGAGUAAUUGAUUUCUUGGGGAAUCGUUUUGGCUGCUGGUGGCAUGUAAUAGAAGAGUUUAUGAGGGCACGUAAGGAUGCUUUGGCGCCUAGACCCAUUCGUGGAUUGGGAAAAUGUGUUCUGAAAGUUGAUAGUAAGAUGAUUGUUUGGUUGGAGAAAACUCUUGACAAAAUAAUAAGCAUAUUCAUUAUAUUCCUGCUUGUCAUCGGCACUCUACUUUUAGCCUCACUCUUAACAGCAAAGGUUCAUGAGGAAAGCGUGCAUAUAAUUGAAGUUACCAGCAAUCUAAUUAAUGAAACUGUUUCUAAUCAUCCGGAAUGGGCAAACUGGCUGCCUGAAGCACAAGUUAUCCAAAAGGCUCUUAACUCUGCUGCUAACAAUGUCUAUCAGUAUGGCAGAGAGUGGAUCACCAAUAAGCUACACAAAGCGCUAGGGGAAAAGGUAAACAACACAGCUAUCAUUGAGAAGCAAGUCCUAGAACUUUGGGACAGAUUGUACCACUCUUGGGUCAUUAAGAAUGUGACACAUUCAGGCAGGCACAAGGGUCAAAAGAUGACAAUACAUCGUCAGAACAGUCGGCUGGGAGAUAUUAUGGACUGGCAGGAUAUUGCUUCUUUUGUUCAUGAGAACAUUGAAACAUUUCUAUCGAUAUUAGAAUCCCUCUGGAUUGUGAUGAGUCGGAAUUUAAGUUUACUUUUUACCUCCGUAACAACACUCUUUACAGUCAUCAUCUACAGUGGCACAGCACUUCUUAAUUUCGUCCUGUCUUUGGUGAUUUUUCUUACAACAUUGUUCUAUCUCCUGAGUUCCAGUGAUGAGAACUACAAGCCAGUAAAAUGGGUUAUAAGUCUCACACCUCUCUCUCAACCCGGCCCAUCUUCCAAUAUAAUUGGACAGUCGGUAGAAGAAGCUAUAAGGGGUGUAUUUGAUGCUUCCCUAAAAAUGGCUUGCUUCUAUGGACUAUAUACUUGGCUUACUCAUACAGUCUUUGGGAUAAAUAUUAUCUUUAUACCUUCUGCUCUGGCAGCAAUUCUUGGAGCAGUGCCAUUUCUGGGGACUUACUGGGCCGCUAUACCUGCUGUUCUGGACCUGUGGUUUUCUCAGGGUGAAAGCUGUAAAGCUGUAUUACUGCUUGUGUGCCAUUUACUGCCAACAUAUUGUGUUGACACUGCUAUCUACUCUGAUAUAUCUGGAGGUGGUCAUCCUUACUUGACUGGUCUAGCAGUGGCAGGAGGUGCAUAUUAUUUAGGACUCGAAGGCGCAAUCAUCGGACCUAUUCUUCUUUGUAUCCUUGUUGUGGCUUCUAAUAUUUACACUGCAAUGCUAGUUAGCCCAACCUCUACAUUACCUACUCCAUCAACAACUCCGUGGCCUUUACAAAUUCAUCGGCCAUUCAAAGAACAUCUACAAGAGAUGAAGCAACCACCUGAGUGAUAAAGAGACUUCUUCACUUUGUCUUGAAAGUGGUGGCCUUUUUUGUACCUUCAAUGGACCUUUACAGAAGUGAUUUGUGCCCUGUAGCCGCCAAGGGAUGAAGUCUGUUAGUAAAAAUAACACUUUAAUUUCAAACGUCAGAUUUGUUGACUGAAUAAAGGAAAACUUCCAAAAGUCUUACAAUGUUAAA